GCAUUGAUUCUGAUAAGACUGCGCGGAUGCGCAGGCUGGUCUGGAUCUAUGCUGGUCGCAAACUCAUUAUGUUGGUUUUGUCGUGACACGGCUCAUUUGGUUAACUAUGCUAUUUUAGCAUUUCACUACCAAUUUCUAAAAAAGUCAAAAUUUAGGACAUUAAACAGUAGAUUCUAUUUUUACCCGGGUCGUGUCACGAUGAUUUUUAAGUCGAAAUAUGAUCUUAUUUGUAUAAUAAAAUAAUUGUAUGUCGGAAACUACAUCGCAGGACUAAGGGAUUUAAAGAAAGAUAUAUGCAACAUUGUAUAACCCUAUUUAUACCCGGGUCGGUAUUUUAUAUUUAAAUUAUCAGCGUGCUCUCAGGCGAAUGGUCAAAUUGUCUCUGUAUUGUCGAGUGCCUUAAAGUUAUUUUAAACACUUGUUUGAAGACUGUGGUUAAAAUUCAACAUUUGAUUUUUUUUUUUGCGGAUAUUUCUCUUAUAAAAAUUAGAUCAUAGUUGAAGAUGGUUGAACAUGAGCAAAUGAAAGAGACGCUGCUAACAUGGAACAGCGCUGUAGAACUACAUAAUUCCGGAAAUUACAAUGAGGCAAUAGAGAAUUAUUAUAAAAUAAAAACACUGUCGGCAAGAAUGCGGUAUAACAUAGCGUGUGCUGAAAUCAAACUCAACAACGUACUUGCAGCUAUUAAGAAUCUGACCCUGGCUAUUGAACUAGACAAUCAUUUAGCUAUCGCUUUCUUCCUACGAGGAACCUUAUAUCUUCAACGCAACAGCAUGAAAGAGGCUAUAUCCGACCUUGAGAUGGCACGUGCAUUGUUACGAGGAAAACACGUUUAUAGACUAUAAACCACUAGGUCUACUUAUAAGACUUAACAGAUUUCAGAUUAUGAAUAAUCUUGCUGUAGCAAAUGUAAAGGUAGACAAAAUGUCAGACGCACGUGCACUUCUUCUAGUAAAGCGUUACACGACGCAGACGAUUUACAAAAGAAAUUAAUCAACACUUCAUUGGAAAGAUUAGAUGGAGGAAAUGUGUGUAUGAUGCAGACAAUGCACGUGUCAUGUGACAGAGUGUUUGCUCCGCCCAAAUCUGUGACUCAGAACAUAGAAAAGCCGGGUAUUGUUAGGAAAGCCAAAGUUGUGUCUGCUGCUAAUGCAGAAGACAGAAACACA